CCCUCUCUCUCACAAUAACCACUAAUUCUCCCAACUCAAUUUUUCUCUCAACCGGCCCAAUUUAGCAUAAGCCCAGCAUGGCCACCGCAACAGCAGCAGCCACCUCGUCCUUCAUGGGGACGCGCCUCCUGGAGGCCCAUUCCGGGGCGGGGCGGGUGCAGGCCCGGUUCGGGUUUGGCAAGAAGAAAGCCGCCGCCCCGAAGAAAGUUUCCAGGGGGUCGGGCUCUAGCUCCGAUAGGCCCCUGUGGUAUCCGGGCGCCAAGGCGCCCGAGUACCUGGAUGGGAGCCUUGUCGGAGACUACGGGUUCGACCCAUUUGGGCUAGGGAAGCCCGCCGAGUACCUGCAGUUCGAGUUGGACUCGCUGGACCAGAACCUUGCGAAGAACGUGGCUGGGGACAUCAUUGGGACCAGGACCGAGCUCGCGGACGUGAAGUCCACGCCGUUCCAGCCCUACAGCGAGGUGUUCGGGCUGCAGAGGUUCCGCGAGUGCGAGCUCAUUCACGGGAGGUGGGCCAUGCUCGCCACUCUCGGAGCUCUCACUGUUGAGUGGCUCACUGGUGUUACAUGGCAAGACGCCGGAAAGGUGGAGCUAGUGGAAGGUUCAUCAUACCUAGGGCAACCACUUCCAUUCUCAAUCACCACACUGAUCUGGAUCGAGGUUCUCGUAAUUGGCUACAUAGAGUUCCAGAGGAACGCAGAGCUGGACCCAGAAAAGAGGCUGUACCCAGGUGGCAGUUACUUCGACCCACUGGGCCUGGCCUCAGAUCCAGAGAAGAAAGCCACCCUUCAAUUGGCGGAGAUCAAGCACGCCCGUCUCGCCAUGGUGGGCUUCUUGGGCUUUGCAGUCCAAGCUGCCGCCACUGGCAAGGGCCCGCUCAACAACUGGGCCACCCACUUGAGUGACCCACUCCACACAACCAUCAUUGACACCUUCUCAUCCUCCUCUUAAGAAGAAGCAAAAGAAGAAGAAUUGUCUUUCUUGUGCCUGGUCAUUCUAGUUAUAUUGUAAAAGUCUUUUUCUUCUUCUUCGGCUUUGGGUUGUAAUUAAACAUUUUCUACAUAGCUGGAUUAGUAGUACUUGUGAAAAACUUGUAACGUGAAAUUGGAGAGGCUAAGCAGAAAUGCUUCUGCUUGAUGUUAAGUGUUCUCCUGUGAAUGUUAAUUAUGCACGAAAUCGAGAGGGAAGGACGACGGUAAAAAAUACUGAUGAGGUUGAGAUCACUAUGAAAGGUAAUGGCAAGAAAUUGGAUUGAGGCCAUUGGAGAUUUUAAUUUA